GACAAUUCCACGCUCCCAACCUUGUGGGAACAGUUUGGAGCGGGCCCCUUCCUCUUCCAACAUGACUGUGCACCAGUGCACAAAGCAAAGUCCAUAAAGACAUGGAUGACAGAGUUUGGUGUGGGUGAACUUGACUGGCCUGCACAGAGUCCUGACCUGAACCCCAUAGAACACCUUUGGGAGGAAUUAGAACGGAGACUGAGAGCCAGGCCUUCUCCACCAACAUCAGUGUGUGACCUCACCGAUGCACUUUUUUGGAAGAAUGGUGGAAAAUUGCUAUAAACACACUCCGCAACCUUGUGGACAGCCUUCCCAGAAGAGUUGAAGCUGUAAUAGGUGCAAAAGGUCAUAUUGAACCCUAUGGGUUAGGAAUGGGAUGGCACUUCAAGUUCAUAUGUCAGUCAAGGCAGGUGGCCAAAUACUUUUGGCAAUAUAGUGUAUGUUACAAAAUGUUGUAGUGUCUCACCUGUAAGAUCCACCAUUGUUGACACUGAAAUGUGGACUCAGGUGCUCGGGGAGGUGUGUCCCUCAGGAAGAUUUCCUGCUUGAAGAAGCUUGGUGGCACAGAGUGGACACAGGUGAGAUGUCACCUGUCUCCUUCAUGGCUGGACUGUUGGUGGGCUUUUUGUCCCUACGAUAUUUUCUCAUCAUGUCCCACACUGAAGACAUGCCCGCCUGGCAAAGACACCAUCCUGGACACAACAAAGGCGUCAACCUGACUUCCAGUUCUUCCCCUCCAGCUCGGAUCCUGUGCUGGAUCAUGACGGGGCCCAAAUACAUGGAGUCCAGGACCAAGCACGUGAAGGCCACGUGGGCGGGCCGCUGUGACGCCGUCUUGUACAUGAGUUCCGAGGACUCGGACUUCCCCACCGUCAAGCUGAACGUGAGCGAGGGCAGGGAGAACUUGUACUGGAAGACCAUCCGAGCCUUUCAGUACAUCCACCUGCACCACCUGCACCAGGCCGACUGGUUCCUCAAGGCCGACGACGACACCUACGUGCUGGUGGACAACCUUCGCCACAUGUUGUCCCGCCUCCCCAGCCGGGAGCCGCUCUACCUGGGAAGGAGGUUCCGCCCCUUCGUCAGUCAAGGCUACAUGAGCGGCGGGGCGGCGUACGUCCUCAGCAAGGAAGCUCUGAGGAGGUUCAUCCUAGGCUUGAGCACGGGAACGUGCACGCACUCGUCUGCCAUCGAGGACCUGGCCCUGGGGCAAUGCAUGCAGACCAUGGAGGUGCAAGCCCUGGACACCAGAGACCCACUCGGGAGACAAACCUUCCACGCCUUCCCUCCGGAGAAAUACCUCAUCCCACACUUCCAACGACACCCGCCUGGACAUCUGCUGUAUGAAUACUACCCCACCGUUGAAGGUCCUGGUUGCUGCUCAGACUUCCCCGUGUCCUUUCACUACAUUUAUGACGUCCACAUGUACACUUUGGAGUACCUGACGUACCAGCUGAGGCCAUACGGAUAUAGAUACAGGUGCAAUAGUACAAAAUGCCACUAAUGAUCCAGGACUUUUUAUCAGCUGUCAAAAGAAUCAACUCAAAUAGUGGAAGAAUUUUGUUCCACUUUAUUGUACUCUGUUGUACUUUAUUGUAUUUUGUUCUCUGUUCUGUCGUAUUCGGUUGUACUUGAUUAUACGUGAUUGUACUUUGAUACUUGCAAUCAAAACUUCAUUGUGGCCUUCGUAAUAAUAACUAACACGACCGCGAAGAACGUAAACCACUCCCACAAUCCUUUGGGAUUCCUUCUAUAUUCCAAAAUCUGUUUUGAAUAUCACAAAAUCAUCUUAUCAUGUGAACCUCCACCAUGUUGGUAGCUCUUAUUUGAUUCUUGGUCAAAACGAAUGAAAUAAAAAUGAUUUAAAAAAGUG